AUUCAGAUUCUGAUACUGAAAUUAAUUAUAUAAAGAAAUUUAAACAAAAUAUUAAUUUCAAACUAAAGAAAACAGAUUAUGAAGCUGAUAAAAACAAGUUAAAAAUAGCAACAAUUAUUUCUACUAUUCAUAGAAGACAACAAUAUGAUUAA